AUGGACACUGUGGACGAGUUUCUGGAAAAGGAUGACGUAUCGUUAGUCGGAGUCCAUUGCACGCAUGGUUUGAAUCGCACAGGCUAUAUGGUGUGCAGAUACCUUCGGGAUCGACUCCGGGUACCGGCAUCUCUUGCUAUUGAGAAAUUCGAAAAGGCACGUGGUUAUAAAAUAGAAAGAGAGAAUUACAUCGCAGAUCUUCUUGGCAAAACGCCGCCCCCACCCGAUGUAGGGCCAAAAACUGACAUAAAACCAUUGGUUAAUGAAAAACCAUGGAGGCCAUACAGAGAUCAUACAAUUGAAGAGAUUAAACCUAAGAGGGAUAUAAGAAAACGUCACAUUUCUAGUGAAAGAGAUAGUGAGAGGAAAAUCACAGAUAGAUCGAGAGAAGAUAGAAGACAAAUUACAUAUAGAUCACCUCUUGCAUAUGAAGAAGAAGCGGAUGGUCACAUCAUGCGGUACGGGAAACGGAGACCAGAUGGAAGCAAAAACAGACAUAAGAGGAAGAGAAAAAGCAGUAGUGAUGAUUUUGAUUUCAGAUAUGACUAUUAG